AGCGGAGUACUGCGGCAGCUGGCAGAGCCGCGGAGGGAGAUCGAGCGGUGAAGAGGUAGCAGUGCGGCUCGUUAGUAUCGCCGGUCUUUCACCGCAAGUAUCAGAGAGCAAAGGGAAGAAGCGCACCCCCGCGUGAUGCUCCGCUUGAGACCGCAACAUUUCAUUUGAAACGACGUCUCACGGAGGGGAGAUUGUAGCCUAAUCUUUUUGAAGGCAAGGGCAUUUUGAUAUAAGUCAACGUGAGGGGCUGAAACCUCUCAAGCCGUGCAUCACCUGAGAGGAGAAGAGUGACUGCGCCAACAUGGGGUAUGGGCGGUCAGACAGUUACCGCGUUGCCACCACACAGGACAAAGAUGACCGAUCCCCCAAGAAGAAGAAGGGGGGGGCAACCAAGGACAUGGAUGACCUGAAAAAGGAAGUGCCCAUUACGGAACAUAAAAUGUCCGUAGAGGAAGUAUGCAGGAAAUACCAGACUGACAUUGUCCAGGGACUCUCAAAUGCGAAGGCUGCAGAGUUUCUGAUCAGGGACGGUCCCAAUGCUCUCACCCCUCCUCCCACCACCCCCGAGUGGGUCAAGUUCUGUCGCCAGCUGUUUGGUGGAUUCUCCAUCCUGCUGUGGAUAGGCGCCAUCCUCUGCUUCCUGGCUUAUGCCAUCCAGGCAGCCACUGAGGACGACCCUGCAGGAGACAAUUUGUAUCUAGGUAUUGUGCUCACAGCUGUCGUCAUCAUUACCGGUUGCUUCUCAUACUUCCAAGAGGCCAAGAGCUCCAAAAUCAUGGAGUCUUUCAAGAACAUGGUGCCUCAGCAAGCUUUAGUGAUCCGUGAGGGUGAAAAGGUACAAAUCAAUGCUGAAGAAGUUGUAGCUGGCGAUCUAAUUGAAGUGAAGGGAGGAGACAGGAUUCCUGCUGACAUUAGGGUGGUUUCUGCUCAUGGCUGCAAGGUUGAUAACUCCUCCUUAACAGGCGAGUCAGAACCUCAAAACAGGUCACCCGACUGUACCCAUGACAACCCCUUAGAGACCCGAAACAUUGCUUUCUUCUCUACAAACUGUGUGGAAGGCACAGCUCGUGGUAUCGUUAUCUGCACCGGAGACCGCACAGUCAUGGGUCGCAUUGCUACUCUUACCUCUGGUUUGGAAACCGGCAAAACCCCCAUUGCCAAAGAGAUUGAGCACUUCAUUCAUAUCAUCACUGGUGUAGCCGUCUUCCUGGGUGUCACCUUCUUCAUCUUGGCCAUCAUCCUGGGUUACACCUGGCUGGAGGCUGUCAUCUUCCUCAUUGGUAUCAUUGUGGCUAAUGUGCCUGAGGGGCUGCUGGCCACUGUCACUGUAUGUCUGACCCUGACUGCCAAACGUAUGGCUAAGAAGAACUGCCUGGUGAAGAACUUGGAAGCUGUGGAAACCCUUGGCUCCACCUCUACCAUCUGCUCUGACAAGACAGGAACCCUGACCCAGAACAGGAUGACCGUGGCCCACAUGUGGUUUGACAACCAGAUCCACGAGGCCGACACCACAGAAGACCAGUCUGGUGCCUCUUUUGACAAGAGCUCAGUGACCUGGCUGUCUCUGGCUCGUAUCGCUGGUCUGUGCAACCGCGCCCAGUUCAAAGCAGGACAAGACUCACUGCCUAUCCUGAAGAGAGACGUGGCUGGAGAUGCCUCAGAGUCAGCCCUGCUGAAGUGUAUCGAGCUUUCCUGUGGCUCAGUCAGAGUGAUGAGGGAUAAGAACAAGAAGGUGGCUGAGAUUCCCUUUAACUCUACAAACAAAUAUCAGCUCUCAGUACAUGAAACAGAGGAUCCUAACGACAACCGCUACCUGUUGGUGAUGAAGGGAGCACCUGAAAGGAUCCUGGACCGCUGCUCCACCAUCCUGCUACAGGGCAAAGAGCAGCCUAUGGAUGAGGAGAUGAAGGAAGCUUUCCAGAAUGCAUACAUGGAGCUGGGAGGCCUGGGAGAGCGAGUGCUGGGUUUCUGCCACUUGCUGCUGCCAGAGGAUCAGUACCCCAAGGGCUUUGCAUUUGACACAGAUGAUGUCAACUUCCAGACCGACAACCUUUGCUUUGUUGGCCUCAUGUCCAUGAUUGACCCUCCCCGUGCCGCUGUGCCUGAUGCUGUGGGCAAAUGCCGAUCUGCUGGUAUCAAGGUCAUCAUGGUCACAGGUGAUCACCCAAUCACAGCCAAGGCCAUUGCCAAGGGAGUGGGCAUCAUCUCCGAGGGCAACGAGACCGUGGAGGACAUUGCAGCUCGUCUCAACAUUCCUGUCAGUCAAGUCAACCCCAGGGAUGCAAAGGCCUGUGUAAUCCAUGGAACAGAUCUGAAAGACCUGAGUCAGGAUCAAAUGGACGACAUCCUGAGGAACCACACAGAGAUUGUGUUUGCCAGGACCUCCCCACAACAGAAGCUCAUUAUUGUGGAGGGCUGCCAACGAUUGGGUGCCAUUGUAGCUGUGACAGGUGAUGGUGUGAAUGACUCACCUGCACUGAAAAAGGCCGACAUUGGUGUUGCCAUGGGUAUCUCAGGCUCCGAUGUGUCCAAACAGGCUGCAGACAUGAUCUUGUUGGAUGACAACUUCGCCUCUAUUGUCACAGGAGUGGAAGAAGGCCGUUUGAUCUUUGACAACCUGAAGAAGUCAAUCGCCUACACCCUGACCAGCAACAUCCCAGAGAUCACCCCCUUCCUGUUGUUCAUCAUCGUCAACAUCCCCCUGCCCCUGGGAACUAUCACCAUCCUCUGCAUUGACUUGGGAACUGACAUGGUACCGGCUAUCUCCCUGGCCUAUGAAGCAGCUGAGAGCGACAUCAUGAAGCGUCAGCCCAGAAACCCAUUCAGGGACAAGCUGGUGAAUGAGAGGCUUAUCAGCAUUGCCUAUGGACAAAUUGGUAUGAUCCAGGCUCUGGGGGGCUUUUUCUCCUACUUUGUCAUCCUGGCUGAAAAUGGUUUCCUUCCCAGUCUACUUGUUGGCAUCAGGCUUGACUGGGACGACCGCUCAGUCAACGACCUAGAAGACAGCUAUGGCCAGCAGUGGACAUACGAGCAAAGGAAAAUAGUGGAGUUCACAUGCCACACAGCCUUCUUUGUCAGUAUUGUGGUUGUGCAGUGGGCUGAUGUCAUCAUCUGCAAGACUCGACGUAACUCUGUGUUCCAGCAGGGCAUGAGGAACAAGAUCUUGAUCUUCGGCCUGUUUGAAGAGACAGCCCUGGCUGCCUUCCUGUCCUACUGCCCAGGCAUGGACGUGGCACUCAGGAUGUAUCCUCUAAAGCCUACCUGGUGGUUCUGUGCGUUCCCGUACAGUUUCCUCAUCUUUGUUUAUGAUGAAGUCCGAAAACUUCUCCUUCGUCGGAACCCUGGAGGUUGGGUGGAGAAAGAGACAUACUAUUGAUCGAUGGAACAUCUUUGCUCAGUCCCCCUCCAUCUUCCACUUAUUUCUUCCCUCUGUCACUCCAUCCCUGGCAAGACACACCUCCAGAUGCCCCGCUCCCUUAAAGACAGAAACCGCUUUAAAGCAAUUUUCAUCACAACUGCC